AUGUCUGGAGUGCGUAGAAAAUAUUUGGUCGAGUUAUGUAAACAAAAAUACGUCCAGCAGACGAACGAUAACAAAAUAUGUGAGAUACUACAAGAUUCGAACCAGGAAAGAGUGUCGUCUCCAGUACCUGAUGAUGUUGAUGCAAUUAUGACCCCACAAUUUAUGUCUGUGUUUGAGGAUGUCUUUCAAGGGCCUAUUGAACAACACGAUGAUGAACAUUUUUCUUUAACGCGACUCAUCUAUCCAAGUCAGUCGACACAAAAUCAGAUUAUAAACGAUGUAAAUCUACACAUUACAAAACCUGAUUCACCAAUUAUUUAUUCCCUUCGUUUAGCUACUAAUAUAAAAAAGCCUUCUCCAAUGAUAUUGACUCCACAGUCCGUGGGACACCUAUUUUCUAUAAGUGUUGAAAAUUAUGAAUCUGACAACAACGAAUGCACCCCAAUGCCUUCACUCUAUUGCAACUUAAGUAAUUGUUCUCAAAGUGCUGAUGAAACUUUGGUACCGACCACGAUUCCUGAGGAUGUUGAUGCAACACUUAUAUCAGAAAAUAUUCUCUGUUCCAAUCCCCCAUCACUUGUUAUACCUUUAGGUACACUUUGCUAUGAAACAAAUUCAGCAUCGGAUGUAAAUCCUUUAUCCGUUUCUUCUAUUGCUACAUCAAAUGAUUGCACGUCUUUUGAGAGCAGUGAAAUAAAAAACCCAAUAAAUAGACGGCUAUCAAAGGAACGAUCCGACAAAUGA